AUGCAAAAUGAGACUGAAGAAGAACGAACAAAUAGGCUACAAAAGAGAAAGCAAGACCAAGCAACCGAAACAGUUGAUGAACAAGCAAGAAUACUUGAAAUACUACGAGCAGUUUUUCACAAAGCAAGUUCAAAUGAAAAUGACCAAAAAUCAGAUGAGCAGUUGAGUAUGUCUGUUGAUCCAACUGUAGAUAUAUCUGUUCUUGAAGCAGACAAGGAUAAUGAGUCUGUACAUGAAGCAGAGGGGCCAGGGGUGAGUAGAAAUGAAUAUUUACAUGAGGGUGGUUGGCAAAAUGUUGACAACCCUCUGCAUGAGCUAGAGUUUGUACAAAAUGAAAUGAACAGUUUUCAUUUAGAUCAAGAACAUUUAGAGCAUCGACAAUGUACAAUGUGUAAAGAAGCUUGGCCGACACGACAGAACUUAGCAUCAGAAGUAUACAUUUGUUACCGGUGUAAAAGAGACAAGAAAUCACCCAAGAAAUUCAGUGCGGAGAAUGACAUGGAUCCAGGAAUAGUUCCUGAACAAUUGACAGGUUUGACACAGGUAGAAGAAAUGUUAAUUUCAAGGGUUUGUCCCAUUAUGAGAGUGUAUAGAAAACAUGGGGGUCAGAGGGGGUAUAAAGGACAUGUACUUAACGUACCACAAGAUAUUCAAAGUUUCUUGAAUAGGUUGCCUUCUCGUGUGGCAGACUUGCCUGUCUUGAUUGUGCGAAGACAUGGUGCAGAAGACACACAUCGAGACUUUACUGUGCGUCGACACAAAGUUCUUGAGGCUGUACUAUGGUUAAAGACAAACAAUCCGUUCUUUAAAAAUAUUGAAAUUGAUAGAGAUGUCAUCCAAAGUUUACCAGAAAAUGGUAUUCCUGAUGAGCUAAGGUAUGUCAUUGAUGAAAAUGAGCUUUCAGUUCAUGUUGAAAAUGAGGGGCCUCCCCAAGACCCAGUAAUGAGUGCUAAUGCAAGUGUGGAAGAGUUAGUUUUAGGAAGUGGCAGUACAUCAUUUAUUCCUAUGCGUCAAAGACAGAGAAAAGAAGGUGCGGCUAUCCAAGAUGCAGUAAAUGAGGUUGAUCCGUUAGACUGGCCAUCUACUGAAGGUAAUCUCAUUAAUGAAUUUAAAACAGAUGGUUUAGCUACUAUGGCCUUUCCUACAUUGUUUCCUUAUGGGAAGGGUGACCCAACAAAUAGGGCAAGACAACAUGGUAUAACGUUAACCGAAGCUUUCAAACAUUUAAUGAAGUUUGCAGAGUCGCUUGCAGAUGGUAAGUUUGAAUGGAGGUUUGCUUCUCACCCACGGUUUCCUUAUUGGGCGUUAAAUAUGAAACAACGGCAUCAGCUGUUGUCACAAGCAAACGUUUACUUGCGUCAACAUCCUGCUGAUGCAAACAUGACAAUGGAAGAACUGAAGCAGAUGGUCAAUUCCAUGAGUGCAAAUCAAAUGGUAAAUAGGUUGUAGCGCUAUGUGUCCAAAGUACAAGGUACGAAUCAGUAUUGGUAUCAGCGGCUGCAGGAAUUGCUGGCCCUGAUUGAACAAAAAGGCUGCCCUACUUUUUUCUUUACCUUUAGUGCAGCUGACAUGCAUUGGCCAGACUUACAGAGGCUGUUGCAGAAUGAUGAAGGUGCAAGCAGAUCUGAGCGAGCACAAGCUGUAAUCGACAAUCCCCAUCUGACUGAUUGGUUCUUUAUGCAGCGGCUGCAGGAGUUUGUCAGACAUUGGCUUAAUGGCGUCUUGGAUGCUGAGUGGCACUGGUAUCGAUUUGAGUACCAAGCUAGGGGAAGUAUUCAUUGCCAUGGAUGUGCAAAGUUAAAAAAUGUCCCUGAUAUUCGAAAAUUACGUAAUAAAGGAUGUGUUGCAUUCCUAGAGAGUGAGACAACAAGGUACGAAAUGUCACCUGAUGAUUUUUAAUUCCUUUGCGGGGAUGUGAUAAGACAGGGAGAAGAUGCUGAGAAGUUGUUAAUAUAGUAAGAAAAAAUAUUUUCCAUAUUAAUGUUUCCAAUGCGUACUGUACGUAGAUCAAGCUAACUGUGCAGAAUCUGUUGUGGGAUAAUUGUUUCAAUAAUAAAAUUUUAUCCUGCAAGAGGCCUUCAAAUGCAUGUAUACCGGCACAAUACCGGAUCAUAAUUAUUGCAGUAGUUACACAAUACCGGACUCGCUUCUCAUAGUGCAGGUCAAAUAUUCAUGUCAACUACUGUAAAAAGCGAAUUUUGUAUUAUGCAUGUAUUAACCACUGCUGCCUAUUUUGGAUAUUUAAUAAUAUGACUACUACGUACUGUAAAUUAAAAGGCAGGAUAAACUACUGUACACAACGUUUGCCUAAAAUUGUCGCAUACAACCUGCUUAUAUGCAUGUAUACAACCUGAGUGUACUGGGUGAACCAGCACACAACUAUGCCUAUGACAACGUAAGUGAGUAAAUGCAAGUUUAAUACAGUGAAUAACAGUGUCAACUUGUGUCCUUGAUAAUUUACACAGUAAAACUCAAGUUGUACAAGCAGGUUGCAUAAGGCAAAAGUUGUGUAGUGUAAAUCUGCUGUUAAGAUAUUGCGAUCGCCGGUGUUGAGAGGGGAGUGGGACGGAGGAAGUGAAACGGCGAGGAAGCUUCGCGGAAUUGGAAAGAAAGAAACUAAAAAAACGAACUUGUUAUGUUAAAUACAGUGAACAAAAAACUUAAAAAUAAUAACUUAGGAAAAGGCAAGGAUACUCAGAUUAUGCCUCACGAAUUGUAAGUCAGUCUUGCUGCAACCUUCAAUUGUCAGUAUAUCUGAGUUGUUGUAAUAGCUGUAAUUUUGCUUGAUUUAUAUAGUUGACUAUUUCCAAAAUAAAGUAUUAGUGCAGAAAGAGAAAACAGAUUUGGGUAUUUCAAUGUGAUUUGCUUCAAACAAAGUAGCGUCUCCCCGGUUGGCGUAGAUGCGAAACAGUCAAAAUUCUACAGACCGAAGGAAUCACAAGCCAUUCGACGGAGGAAGAGAUUAUUUAUAUUUAAAGUUUAUAAUAAUACGAGUCAUUCAACGAUUGUUUCAAGGACAACCGAUAGCCAAAACGAGCGACAGACCGUCCUUGAAGAUAAUUCGUUCAUCACAAAUAUCACUGAAAG